ACGCUGCUGGUGGGGAACAGCGACACAUUCACGGAGGUGAAGAACACGCUCGCCCGACCCGUGCUGGCUGCUAGAGUCCGACUCCAGCCCUUCAGCGCUCACCCCAGGGUCGUCUGCCUCCGCCUCGAACUCUACGGCUGCAACUACACUGACGGGUUGCUGAGCUACAGCGUGGGCGGGGGCCCCUACAAGACUUAUGUAGGCGCGGGCGUGGGCGACAGUGUGAGCGUUGGUGAGGGGCUGCUCUACGACGGGCGGGUGGGCGGCCAGGAGCUGGACGCCACGCCCACAGACACUCAGGAGCCUCUCCAGGUCGAAGGUCUGGAGCCGGCGCCAGGCACGCCAGUCCUGAUGGUCUUCAACUUCGAUGUCAUGAGGAGAUUUCGCGCCUUAUAUUUCUAUCUCACGACUUCACAGCUGGGUGUCCAGCCUAAAAUCAAGUCAUCAGUAAUGUUUGGGUGGAACUCGUCCGUGUUGGAUGAGAGCGCGGUGGCCACGACUUGGGUCUCCGAGGACCUGAGCCCAGCAGGACCUCAGAACCUCACCCUGGACCUGCGUCAGCGUCCGGCCGCCACUCUACAGGUGGAGGUGGAGGUGUCUGAGAUUGAGGUCAACAUCCUGGAGGUGUACUUCGACUCCAGUCCGUGUGGGUGUGGACUGGGGGACUGGGAGCGGAGACCAGUGACCACCCCAGAGGAGCACACGGCCGCCCGCCCACCUCAUCCACCCGCAGACGUCUGGGCCGUCUACACCGCCCACCAACACCGCACCUACGUGGGCGUAGCCGUGGGCUUCAGCGUGGGCGUGGGCGUACUGGUGCUAGUGUGGGCGGGAGUUUGGCUGAGACGUAGAAGGGGCAAAGCUUCCUCUCCUCGAGUGUUCCGCCGCCCGCCCCCGGACACCCUCGACAUGAAGAGCCUGAUGGAAGGCGUGGGCGUGGGCGUGAACAUCCUGGGGAGUACCACGCCCACAUACGAAGAGGGAAGCUGCUUGCUGUACGACGACUUACAGAAGACACCGCUGGUGACGCCCUACAGCACCCUCCGCCCUGCCACCCCGGACUCCGUCCCGGUCUACGCCACCCCCGCCGUCCUCAGACCUUCUUCCACCUUCCCCUCUACCUCCUCCUUCACGCCAAUCCCCCGCCCUGUCACCCUCGCCUCCAUCUCCCGCCCACCGCCCAUGCUGCCACGCCCGCCGCCCAUCCCGGCCCCACCCGAGAACUGCGAAAGACAGAUCCAGGUACCGUCCGUAACUGGCCCGUGGCUGACGUGCGUGUACCGCCAGGACCCCGGGCGGCUGGUCACGCCCACGCCCACACCUAUGCUGGCCCCGGAGCGCGUCACACGGACGGGCGUGCUGGCCUCUGGCGCCUUCGCUACGCUGUCAGUGGGCGUGGUUUCUGAGGAUGGAUCGCAGGGAUUGGAGGAGGAGGAGAGGUGCGAGGGAGAGGCUCCGCCCCCCCGGCACGCUGCCCUCAUCACAGUAACCGCCCACCAGGCGGCUCCAGCGGUCACGCGCCAGGCACAGCUGUUAGCAGCCUUGGAUAAUAAGAACCUGACGCGGCUGCUGGGGGUGGUUGUGGGCGGACCCGUGGGUGUGACACUCGUGCUGGAAUACCAGGCCGACGCCCACCUGCCAGAGUACCUGCACGCCCGCACUCUCGCCCCUGCUGACUACGCCCACGCCACUACCACCCGCCCACACUUACACCCGCAAACUUCUAUUAGCGUGGGCGACCUGCUGGACGUGGCGGUGCAGGUGGCAGCCGGUAUGGCUUUUCUAGAGUCCCACCGAGUCUCUCACACCGAUAUGGCUGCCAGGAACGUGGUGGUGGUGGGAGGAGACGCAGACGGAGUGGGCGUGGUCAAGGUGACGCAGGUAGGGUCCGCCUUGCCUCGCUAUUCUAGCGACUACUGGAGGCCUCCUGACGGCCGUGGACCGGCGCCCCUACGAUGGUGUAGUCCCGAGGUGCUCUGUCAGGGUACCUUCAGCUCCGCCGGCGACGUGUGGUCCUUCGGCGUGACACUAUGGGAGAUCCUGACCCUGGCUCGUCGACGGCCGCACCACCACCUCUCAGACGACCUCCUCUUCCACGCCCUGCUGUCCACGCACGCUCACGCACACUCAACCACCUCCUCCACUGAUAAAUACGCCACUCCACAGGUUGUGUUGAGUCCGCCGGCAUGGUGUCCCCGUGAGGUGCAGGAGGUGAUGAGCGGGUGUUGGCGCCCUCACCCUUCCCACAGGCUCACCUUCACCACCAUCCACGCCAAGCUGGCCGCCUACGCACUAUCCCACGAGUAGCAACAUCCUUCUAGCCUCACUUCACCUUCAGGAGAAAGUGGCGCAGACGACACAGCACCAACGCGGACUGUCCGCAUGGAGGCAAAACAUUCAUAAGGAACAAGAGAGUGUCGUGCCAAAUAUACAUAUCGAGCAAGCAACAGCGUGCCAAUUAUAUAUAUAUGAAACAAAGAAAAAAUGUGCCAAUUAGGGUUAAGUUAGUUUGAACAGUAGUUUAAUGAUUAAUGUGAAGUACAUAAUUCCAUUUUUAUCCACUUCAAAAGAGCCACACCUCGUUAGUGGAGUAUUCCAACUAAAAUCUGUUAGCAGCCAGAUUUGACAACUUCAUUGAAAAACCUGCUUUAACAGCCCAGAACUCUUGUGUGUAAGUUUGACGCGCGGCCACUGUUCCCCCGCUGAGGAAUUUACUAACUUUUUUUUUCUUCUCGCUCUCUUUCGUCGCGAGAAUAUGUACAUAUCUUAAAGCCAAGUUCCUGGAUGAUAACUGUUUAAACCAACCAUCAAGUUGACUCUUCACACACUGGCAAGAGAGAGAGACCGCAGCAGAUUUUAGGAACAAUGCCUCCGGAUGUGUAGUUGAGAUCACGACUGGAGCCCCACUUGUUCAGUUAGCCGGUGUCAUGCUAACGAAUGUUAUCAUUAGUUGGACGCCAGAUUAAUGUACUUUAAAUUAUAUAUCCUUCUAGAGUGUCCUUGCUGGUAACUAAAGCUGACAAAACUCUUAUUAAUUUCCUUUUGUAACGGCCUGUUAGCUUAAGUUUCAGUUCUACAACUAGAACCUCAAACUUAGUGUUUUCAACUAUGACACCGACUCAACGGUCUUGUAGCAUGAUGAAGCAUGUAUUUCUGAUGCCAUUUAGGUAUCCCAACUCUGGCACUGUUAACCGUAACCCCUUCCAGGACUACCAUAUGUGGCUCUCACAUCCGAACACCGCAAACAUUCAGAUAAGAUCCCAGAUUUAGAACUGUCACCCGCGGACCCUCUUAAAUACUUAUUACGUUAUCCUUUCCCAGAUCUUUGAUAUUUGUGUUUCAACCAGGAGCCUUGGGUAGUGUGACCACAACAAGGAGCCUUGGGUAGUGUGACCACAACCAGGAGCCUUGGGUAGUGUGACCACAACCAGGAGCCUUGGGUAGUGUGACCACAACCAGGAGCCUUGGGUAGUGUGACCACAACCAGGAGCCUUGGGUAGUGUGACCACAGCCAGGAGCCUUGGGUAGUGUGACCACAACCAGGAGCCUUGGGUAGUGUGACCACAGCCAGGAGCCUUGGGUAGUGUGACCACAACCAGGAGCCUUGGGUAGUGUGUGACCACAACCAGGAGCCUUGGGUAGUGUGUGACCACAGCCAGGAGCCUUGGGUAGUGUGUGACCACAACCAGGAACCUUGGGUAGUGUGACCACAACCAGGAGCCUUGGGUAGUGUGUGACCACAGCCAGGAGCCUUGGGUAGUGUGUGACCAUAGCCAGGAGCCUUGGGUAGUGUGACCACAACCAGGAGCCUUGGGUAGUGUGUGACCACACCCAGGAGCCUUGGGUAGUGUGACCACAAUCAAAAACACUUGAUAGAGAUGUAUAGGCAGCAGGAAUUGCGAGUGCCAUAUGUUGAAGGAUCCUACCCUCAAAGCAGCUAAGGGAUUCUACAAGUAUUAACAACCAUAGUGUCCCAAAGAACCUUCUACUACAGCAUCCAACAAGAAAUGUCAACAAAAGUAUCCUAUGAGAUGCUAUCAAUGGAUCUCAACAAGGAAUAUCAGCAAAGUAAUACUACAAGAACAGUCACUAGGAAACCAAGAAGUACAUUUAACUAAGAGUAUUCAACAUACAAACUUAGCCAGCAGGCCUUUUGUCUAAUAUUAGUGACGAUCUAGUUAUAUUAUACAAGUCGAGGGGCCUUUAGUAUUAGUAGUAUUAGGGGGAAAGACCUUACAUGUAAUUUCGAUAAUCUAAAUAUAUUUUCAGCUGAGGGACCUAAAAUGUAUUAUUACAUGAGGGAUCUUAAGUGAAAUCAUCUUAAAUCAGAUGAAGUACCUUAAAUGUAUUUAGAUGAAUGACCUCAAAUGUAUUUAGAUGAAUGACCUCAAGUGUAUUUAGAUGAAUGACCUCAAAUUUAUUUAGAUGAAUGACCUCAAAUGUAUUUAGAUGAAUGAUCUCAAAUGUAUUUAGAUGAAUGACCUUCAAUUAAGUAUUCGUUUAAGGGAUCUUAAGUACUUAUCAAAAGUUAUUAUGAGUGAAAUAUAUGUAUGAGAAGAAGAACCUUAGCAAGUGUACUAUAAUGUGAGGAACAUUUAAGUGUAAUAUCAGUUCAGGGAACCUAUUCGUUGCCUCUUGCUGAAUAACUAUUGUAAUGAGAAUUUUUUAAUGCUACUACUAACAAUUUCUUCGGUACCUGGACCAUAGAUUUAAGGACAGACUAGUAUAUAAUUUUCAUAAAUUAUUAAUCCUUCUUAGGCGGUUAACGCAUUCCACUGAGCUGUUUCAGUUGGUAUUCUGAACAUGGCAAAUAUGUGUUGGUGGAGAUGGCAACGGGUCCAUGUUUAUACCAAGAACAAUGUCAAAAGAAAACCAACAUAUAGCUAAGUGUGUUUAAUGUUUUAGAAAUUGUAAUUUAGAAAUGUGCUGUUUUGAAAUACAUCUCCCUGAUAUAUUUUGGGUGUUUAAGUACUUUACAUGUGUCUAGUCAAGUGAUCAAGUCCCGUUUCCCGACGGGGCAAGCAGUAUUUUUCUGAUUACUUAUUUCUUGUACUGAUUUGUACGUUCAUAUGUUGUUUUGUAUAUGAUGAGUCUUCCGUGUUUAGGCUACUAAAAUAUUCAUGGUUUCAACCACAUAUUUCAUGAUUAUUAUAUAGUGCAGGUUCAGUGUAUUAAUGUGAAUACCUGUCAUCGGCACAUAUGUUGCCGACGGUCACUUGUAGACGUAGUUUACUUAUAACUAGUAGUGAAGUAGAGGACAGCAGCAGCAGCAGGUUGUGUACUUGUGAGGGUCAACUCACGUCAUGUACAGGUCAUGACUGUGGUCACUACAAGCGCACGUUGAGGUGGUGUGAUAGUGACCUCCAUGACACCAGCACAUGCACGUAAUGAGGUGGUGUGAUAGUGACCUUCAUGACACCAGUACAAGCACACGUUGAGGUGGUGUGAUAGUGACCGCCAUGACAGCAGUACAAGUACACGCAAGUAAUGAUGGAGUGAACACUGCGCCAAAAAUCGCAUGUUUGCCCGAGGGCCAAGCGAGAGUACUGCAGUGGCUUGUGUCACCCUAACACCGUAGGAAUUAACAGCGAGAAUGGCCAGUAGUGCUCCUAGACGCGUCACCAGCCUUGCCCAGAGUCUGUGAGGGCCUGUACCCUGGACCAUCCCACACCCACCUUGUGUGUACCUCGCUCUACUUUUAAUAAACAUCGAAAUCAAAA